CUUCAGUUACUAUAGAAAGGGAUAUCAAUGAGUCGGCUUAAGCUGUUUACUAUUGACAGCAACAUUCCUAGUCAAUCUUAGUGGAUUAUCAGUAUACUAGUUAAUACACAUAACAAUAUACUUUAGAUCUUACGCUAAUUAAUAUAUAUAUAUAAAUGAACUCGAAUUACACCGAUAUUUUGUAUAGCAACAGUCGCUGAGAAACAACCGUGUAGACCAAUCAAUUGUUCAAUCAAAAUGGGGUUAAUGUUACCACUAGUUAUUGCAGGAGCCAUUACUGGAGUGGUGGCAAUUAUUCUUGGUGGUGUUUUGGGUUUUAAAGUUUUGCCAGAUAUCACUGAAGACAAAUUAAAAGAUAAUGUACGUUUGGAAUUAUCAGAGAUAUACAGAAACUGGGAGACACCUCCUUACGAUGUUACUACCAAAAUUUAUUUCUUUGACGUGAAGAACGCCGGUGGAAUAGCAGCAGGCCAAAAUGCAAGUGUGGAAGAACGCGGUCCAAUAAUUUACAAACAAACAAGACGCAAAGAUAAAAUCAUUUAUGAUGCGACAUCGGACACGUUCACUUACGACGAAUUGGUAUCAUUUGAAUUGGAUCCAUCUUCCACAAUAAAGGAAACAGACUCAUUUGUCACUUUAAACGUCUUAAAAUACAUGUCUUUAAUGUAUGUUGAAGGCACUAAUUUAAUGGAAUUAGUAAAAGGUGACUUCCAGUCUGUCUUCGCUGAUACUGAUAACGAUGGUUUAUUUCAUCGCAUCAAAAUAGAAAACCUUCUCUUCAAAGGUUACGAGAUGGGAUUAACAGAAAAUCUUGGUUCAACUGGUGCAGUAACCCUACGUAAUGUAAUUCUUGAGAAAUUAAAUGAAAAUCCUCGUUUUAAAAAAAGUGCAACUUCAAGCGGAUACAAUUUUUUCGUUUUUAAACCAGAGCAAACUUAUAAAGAAAAUACUUAUGAAAUGUAUGGAGGAGCUAAAGAUAUUUACAAGCAAGGUCAACUGAAAACUAUUAACGCUGCAGAACACAUUAAUGUUUGGCCAAAGCUAGAUGAUGACAAUUAUUGCAAUUCAAUUCGUGGGACAGAUUCCCACACAUUCAAUCCUGACUUGGAUGUUGAUGAAGGACUAUCUGUUUAUAACAAUGAUCUCUGCAGGUCUCUAGAUUAUGCAUUUACUGAAGAAGUUGAUCUAAAAGAGAUAGAUGGUAAUCGCUUGAUUCUAAAAAGCGAAAAUUUUCAAUAUACGCCUGAGAAUGGCGUAAACAAAUGUUUUUGUAUCGAAGAUGAGAACAAUUGCGCUAAUACUGGGUUUUUGAAUUUAUACAAUUGCUUAAAUGGAAUACCGCUAAUAUCAUCACAACCCCACUUCCUCUACACAGAUCCGGAAAACGCAGAACGUUUACAAUUUUCGCCCGUUAUUGAAAAAGAUGUCAGUUAUAUUGACAUUCAAUCGAAUUCUGGUGCGGUUCUACGAGUUUCCAAGAAGACUCAAUACAACAUUUGGCUGCGUAAAGUCACAGGAUUUGCUGAAGAGAUUGUGCCUUUCAUGAUGCCGCUGUUUUGGGUUGAAGAAUCGAUGGAAAUUCCCGAUGUUACUGUAGAUUAUCUAAACGACGCAUAUUUUGAUGAUCUAGUAAUGAUUGAAGGAGUUAAAUGGGGUUUACUGGGCGUCGGUGUGGUACUGUUGCUUGGAAGUGUCGGUACUUUUGUGCUUAGUAAACUUAAUUUGAAUAAUAAAUCAUAUGUUGGUGGCCCAUAUAUACCUGCGGCCGACCAGCAAAUAGUAGUGGGGGAAGUACCUCCGGCAGGGAUUAUGCAGGAGAAAAACUUGACAGGAUUGUACAAAACAGCAUCAAUCAAACGAGAGCACUCAGUUUGUGCCGAUCAGUCGUCACCGCACACGGUGACGAAAUUUUGGCGGCCGAAAGUUUUCUCAAAUAUUUUUAAAAUGGGGUGCAAGUGCAACAUGAAAAUUGGGCUAAUUGUGGGCGCCAAUCUUGGUGUAGUGUUGGUUGUCAUUGCUGCUGUCCUGGGCUUCGCAGUUCUUCCAAACGUUGUAGAUGAUCAAAUUGACGAGAAUGUCAUUUUGGACGAUACGGAUUCUGAGCAAUAUGAACGUUUUGAAAAAUUGCCUUUUAAUCUAAAUUUUUCCAUCGUUUUUUUCCAAAUUAAUAAUAUUGAAGAUGUUAUGAAUGGUAUUGCGUAUCCUAAUGUAACUGAGGUUGGACCAAUCGUAUACAGCAAAGGUUUUGAAAAAGUUAACAUUGAGCACCAGUCUGAUAAUACAAUUAAGUUCAACAUCAAGAAACAUCAUGAAUUUUUACCAGAUUAUUCUGAGGUAGAGGAAAGCCAGGAAAUGACAGUUCUGAACGCUCCACUAAUAUCAGUGUUUCAAAUAUUCGACAACCUCGUUGGUGAUUUAGGUUUUAUUGGCUCAUUCAUACUUGGUAUAGUCGAAAAGGGUUACCCAUUGGCUUUUGGUGUAAAUCCUGGGGAUAUAUUUCAUACAGUUACAAUUGGGGAGUACUCAUUCAGGGGUUAUAAAUUCUGCAAGCAGGAUAAUUUGAAUUCGGCUGCAAAAUUUGUUUGUGCCAUAAUUCGAUUAAAGAAUACACCGACUAUGGAUGUGGAUGAAACUACUAGAGAGAUUUCAUUUUCGUUCUUUCAACAUAAAAAUAUUACUGAGCCGAGAACUUUUGAAAUCGAGAAUGGUGUGAAUGAUAUUAAACUAUUGGGAGACAUCGUUAGGUAUGACGGUAAAGAACGCACUUCUUUCUGGAAUGACGACAACAACUGUAAUGAGGUCAAAGGUACUGAUUCCACCAUUUAUGGUCCACACAACGAUAAGGAUUCUAUUUUUACUAUUUUCAACACGGAUAUAUGCAGAACUGUUGAAUUAGCGUUCACAGAUGAAAUUGAAUAUGAAGAUAUUCCCGGAUACCGUAGUACCUUAACACAGGCAUCUGUGGAUUGGAGUCGUCCCGAAAAUGAAUGUUAUUGCAUCAAAAAAACCAAAAACAUUGAUGGUGACUUAGAUUGUCAUCCGAGUGGAUUUACUGACAUGUACAAUUGUCUCGAUGCGCCAAUUGUCCUUUCUUUGCCUCAUUUCUUAUGGGCUACCGAUGAAAGUUACACAAAGACUGUUAAUGGGCUCCAUCCAGUUGAAGACGACCACAAAAUAUACAUUGAUAUGGAACCGAACACUGGAUCGCCCAUGGUUGGACACAAACGUGUUCAAUUCAACCUCAUAUUAAGACAAUAUCAUACGGCAUUUGCUGCGCUAAAUAAGGUAAUGCCUUCAGUAAUGCCGAUUGUCUGGGUGGAUGAGAAUGUAAAUAUCCCGGAGAGUUUAGUUGAUUUAAUUAAAGAUCAGUAUUUGACACCAGUAACCAUAAUCGAUAUUUGCAAGUGGGUGUUGAUUGGUGUAGGUACAGGGGUAGCAAUCAUUUGUGGCGUUUUUUAUGUGCGAAAACGAAAACAAUCUAAGACAACUGUUUAAUCAAAAUAUUACGAUUAAGACGUACAUAUUUUCUGUGAAUUUCCUAGAAAGUAUUUUUCAUAAAAAUAAGAAAAGUAAGCAAAUGUAAAAGUGUUAAUUGAGAUAAUCUAUUAAUAAAUUUGCAAUAAUAAAUGUACAACUAAAAUUUUUAAUAAUAAAGUUAUUAAAUUCA